GAUAUCUACCAAUUUGAUGUCAACAUCACACUCCCCACAUAACCAUCUGAUAGAACCGAGUGUACCAGAUCAAAGUGUAAGAUUACUGAAAUACACACUUAUCCGCUUCAGAGUUCGAAGUGGUGGAAGGUUUUUGCCAAGGAAGCAGAUGAGCCAUGGCUCUUUCAUCUGUAUCCCUAUCUCCGCCACCUUUAAUCCUCUCCAUUCCCAAGCCAAAAUCUCUUAAAACCCACAAUGUAUUUCUACCUCGCACUUCCUCCCCUCUCUGCUUAUCCACUACUCUUUCUCCAGCUCAUGGAAUUCCUCAAAGAAACCACAAAUUUUGGAGGAGCAAUGCUACCUCUGAACAAGUUUUGCCUUCGGAAUCCCCCCCAGUUGAGACUUCUGAGCAGGUUGUGUCUUCUACAGCCACAGGAGAUGAUGGGGUCUCCUACAUCAUAUCAAUUCUCCUCUUCGUUGCUUUUAUUGCUCUAAUUAUUCUCACCAUCGGGGUAAUCUACAUAGCAGUAUCAGAUUUCUUGCAGAAGCGAGAAAAAGAAAAGUUUGAGAAAGAGGAGGCAGCUGAGAAGAAGAAGAAAGGUGGAAAGAAGGUGAAAGUGAGAGCCAGAGCUGGGCCAAGAGGGUUUGGGCAAAAGAUUGAUGAUUUUGAUGAGGACUGACCAGGAAUGCACAUUGAUGAUCAUGUAAGCUUCUCAUUGUCUUUGUAACUCAGAUCAGCUGCAAAUGAUAAGCAAAUUUCAAUUUUCAGUCAUUGUUGUGACAUCUUUGGCUGUAUGAAAUUUUGUGUGUCUUUUGUGAAGAAAUGUCUCUCAGUUACAUCUA